AUAAAAACGGGAACGCCUCUCUCUCUCAAAUUAAUCAAUUCAAAAUCACCCAAUUCCCAAAAAUACAAAAAAAAAAAUUAAAAAAAACAUCAUAACAUUUUUCAUUCAUAUACCUUUCUCCCAUUCUCACGCUUCCUCUUCCCAAACUUCCCUACAAAAAAUUCCUUCCUUCCUUUCUUCCAUAAAUCCCCUCUUUUUGCAAAAAUUCAUCAAAUUUUGGGGGUGAAUUUUGUAGGAUAGAGAUAAAAAAAAUGGGGCAACAGUCCUUGAUCUACAGCUUCGUUGCUCGGGGCACGGUAAUUCUUGCGGAAUUCACAGAAUUUUCCGGAAAUUUUACGUCGGUUGCAACUCAAUGCCUUCAAAAAUUACCCUCUUCCAGCAGCAAAUUUACCUACACCUGUGAUGGCCAUACUUUCAACUACCUCGUCGAUAAUGGCUUCACUUACUGUGUUGUUGCAGUUGAAUCUGCGGGUAGGCAGAUUCCAAUUGCUUUCCUUGAGAGAGUCAAGGAUGAGUUUACCAAGAAAUAUGGAGGUGGCAAAGCUGCUACAGCUUCUGCAAAGGGUCUGAACAAAGAAUUUGGACCUAAGUUGAAGGAGCAGAUGCAGUACUGCGUAGACCACCCUGAGGAGAUUAACAAGCUUGCCAAAGUGAAAGCUCAAGUGUCAGAAGUUAAAGGAGUAAUGAUGGAAAAUAUUGAGAAGGUUCUUGACAGAGGUGAAAAAAUUGAGCUCUUAGUGGACAAAACAGAGAACCUUCGUUCCCAGGCACAAGAUUUCAGGACCCAAGGAACCAAAAUUAGGAGAAAGAUGUGGUGGGAGAACAUGAAGAUAAAGCUAGUAGUCAUUGCUAUAAUCGUGGCCUUGAUUAUCAUCCUAAUUUUGUCCAUUUGUGGCGGCUUCAAGUGCACCCAUUAGUUAACGAGAUCUAUAUAUGCUCUAUAUACAUACACGCUAGAGUUGCCAUCUACACUGUAUGAUGGAUUUUAGACCAUUUUGUACAGUUUUGUACCAAAUUCCUCUUGAAAGUAGUAGGAUAUUAUUCAAAGUUGGUCCUAGAAAUGGUUGCUUUUUCUUAGCUUAUCUAAAUGAUAAAUCUAGCUUGCCUAAAGAUAUUGAUGAUAUAUGCAUUAGCACAAUGUGGUACAGAUACUGCUUGCUUAAUUGCUUAUAUAUAUUGACCAUAUGUUGCAUUA